AUGGACUCCAAAGUGCCUGGUGGACAUGUCGGUCGACACAGGCUGGUUGUGAUAAUUUCGCUGUCAAUCGUGAGCUUUCUGAGCGCCUUCGAUUCGACCGUGUUCCCUCCAGUUUUGCCAACUAUAGCCAAAGACUUACAUGGAAAUGCGACCGAUACAUUUUGGGUAGGAACAGCCUAUCUACUGCCGUGUGCAGCCCUUCAACCUUUCCUGUGCGCCCUCUCCGAUGUAUAUGGCCGUCGAUUCAUCCUUCUCUCUUCGAUCACUUUGUUCGCGAUCGGUUCAGUUGUCGGAUCAGUUGCCCAGAACAUGGCAACAAUUUUAGCCGGUCGGACAAUACAAGGAAUCGGUGGUGGUGGCCUCAUCCCUCUACCGAUGAUUGUGAUGACCGAUUUAUUUCCCCUGCGUGAGAGGCCGAAGUAUACCGCCUACGUUCAGUUAUUCUCAGCCAUCGGUAUUAUCAUUGGCCCCGUGAUGGGAGGUCUCUUUACUCAACAUGCUGCAAAUCAUGGAGGCUGGCGCUGGGUAUUUUACGUGAACUUCCCAUUCUGUUUGAUCGCUUUCAUUGCGCUCUUCUUCGCCCUCCGGAAGAUGAAGGUGACUCGCGAAAGCUACCGGCAUAUCGAUUGGCUUGGGUCGUUCUUUUUCACAUCGAGCAUGGUCAGCUUUUUGAUGGGUUUAUCUUGGGGUGGUACUCUCUACAAUUGGAACAACUACCGUACGUUGCUUCCCCUUUGUCUAGGGGCCGUCGGUAUAGUCUGUACCAUCCUAUGGGAGUGUUACGGGGCUCGCUGGCCGUUCUUGCCUUUAUCUGUCCUCAAAAGUCGUGCGUCGAUUGCCGUAUACUUGUCCUCGCUGAUCCAAGGAAUUUCAAUGUUCGGCGUUCUCUACUAUAUCACGUUCUACCUUGAGGCAGUGCAGAAACUUUCUCCGACCAAGACUGGAACUGAAAUUCUGGCACUUUCUGCGACAAUGGUUCCAUCAGGUCUGAUAACUGCCAUGCUGAUAUCAAAGUUCGGGAAGUACAAAUGGGCCCAAUGGAAAGGCUGGGUUGUGGCAGCUGUUGCGACUGGUCUCCUCUGCCUUCUGGACGAAAAUACAAAGAAGGGCUUCUGGAUUGGGGCCAUGGUCCUUCUGGGACUUGGACAUGGAAUUCUGUUCAACAGCAUUUUGUUUGCUGCACAAGCUGUCGUGCCAGCUAAGAACGUUGCAUAUGCCGCCACUCUCUACACGUUCUUCCGUACUAUGGGAUACGCUGUUGGAGUGGUGGUCGGGUCGACUACGCUGGAGAAUGUCAUGGCUGAUUAUUUGAAAGACCACGGCUUCCCUGCACAGAAAGCACAGGACAUAUCAUCUCACAUUGGACCCUCGGAGGGCCUUUCUGCUGGCACUGAGCAAGCCGAAGUUAUUAUGCAAUCUUAUGUGCAUGGUCUCCGGGGAGUGUUCAUCGCACUUACUUGCUUGGCUGGUCUUGGUCUGGCCACUACCUUUUUCGUACCCCAAGCAAACAUGGAUCAGCCUCUGGAGUCUGAUCAUCAUCUGGAACUGCUACGACUAGACUCGAACCCUCCAACCCCAUCAAUUGCGGACGGGAGAUCCGUGUCGAACUUGACGGUGCACUCAAUUCAAGAUAAAUCUGAGAAUGCCGUCGAGUUGCAUCGAGUUGUCUGA